AUGUUUUCGUCGGGAACGGGAAGUUCUGGACUGCGUGUUGCUAUUGUCCAUGCGAGAUGGAAUGAUGCCAUCAUCAGCCAGUUAGUAGCUGGAGCCAAGAAGAGUCUCCUGGCCGCUGGUGUUACGGAGGACAACAUCACCAUCCAGACUGUACCCGGCAGUUACGAACUGCCGCUCGGUGUGCAGCGCAUCUACGCUGCCUCUCAGGUCCAAGCAAGUUCCUCUGGGGAAGGCUUUAGUGCCACCGAUCUGUUGUCCGCCUCCACCUCCGACCUCACCAAAUCGGCCUCUUUACCCGCAAAGAAGCCUUUCGACGCCAUCAUCGCAAUUGGUGUACUGAUCAAGGGUGCGACGAUGCACUUUGAAUACAUCGCGGACGCUCUGGAUUCGGGAGUACCAGUCAUCUUCGGACUAUUGACCGUUCUGACGGAAGAGCAAGGCCUGGAACGUGCAGGUUUGGGUAAAGGUGGAAUGCACAACCAUGGCGAGGACUGGGGUAGCGCAGCGGUGGAGCUUGGCGUGAAGAGGCGCAAUUGGUCCGAGGGAAAGUUCGAGUAA